AUGCCUUAUAGCCUCCGAGAUCUAGCCAAAUUGAAAAAGCCUGCACGCUACAGGUCCACCGCUGACGAAGAGUCCACUGCCCCAGAACCAGCUUCUAGCGACCAAGGUACAGACCUGAGCGACCAAGAUGAGGAAACCCACUCCCAAGGACCUUCGCGCACAAAUACGCCGGCCCCGAACCCAGACUCACUUAGAUCUUCGUCUUUCACCAACGACGACGUUUAUCUCACACCACACCCAUUUUCGCCGCUCUUCAUGUCCAACGCACCCCACCCCGCGCCAACAAGCGCAAGCAAUCCACCAAACUCCCAAGAGAGUCGCAAAAUGGCAAACAUCAAGUACGUAAAGAAACGCUCUGGCGACGAACAGCAGCCCCAAGCAGCGCCAGUAGUACGCGACUUCGCCAUGCGCCCUAGCAGGACCUCUCAGCGCGCAGCAGCUUCUGAACCCGAACCUGAGCCCACACAUGUCCCUCAGAAGCCAGCGGCGUUCCCUUCGCUACCAGCCAACACUCCACCACCGCCGUUUGACCCGAAAUUCUCGGGUCAUGGUAUGAGAGAGCUGAUGGCGGCUAUCGAGACCGGCGACAAGACGCGCAUGGAACACAUCAAAGACCACUUCAAGAUUGAAUACGAGGCGGGUAAAGAUCCCUGGUAUGUGGCCUUGAGGCGUCGCUGGGACCCUAAGAUGGUCGAUUCCAAGGUCACAUUCGAAUCUCUAUGGACAUCACUACGCCAGACCAUCAUCGAGCAGAUAAAGGACGACUUCAUUCCCGGCACCUAUAUCAGUCGCUUCUACCCCGUAUGCUGCAUCCUGAGCCUCUCCAAGGCGAAGCUGGAUACGAUUAUGGCAGAGAACGCCGCAGUAUGGGAGACCGAGGCUGAGAUCCCACAAUACUUCAAAGACUACAGAAAACGAUACUCCAAUGCCAUCAUCGAUCCGGAUGAGCCUCCCCCCACCGAAGUAGUGAGGGCGAUCAGGUUCUUGAGACAGCAGAGGCUUCCUGUUAGUUUGUUGGGCGAGUGGCAGGCACUGCCGGGACCUGAAGUAUUUCACCAUCCUCACAUGUUUCACCUUCCCACUGUACAACGUAGUAACGAUCGGUAG